UAUUUUGACAGCGAAUGCGCACCUGCGGACCACUUAUGUGCACCCCUGAUUAUGAGUCAUUUUUUUUCUCUAAUGCUUAAAAUGUUAUUCAUGAAGUCAUUACUAGUUAACGUAAAACAGUCCUGGAAUUAAAUCCUUAAUCUAGUUACAGCACUUUCAGAAAAAUAUCUACUGUGUUCAACUCUAUUCCUCACUGCUGUGUAAUCAAUUAAUGUAAACUCUACCUGUGUGGGUGGGGCCAGGACUGAGGAGAAUUCAUCUCAGGUGUUCCUGAUGUGUUUUUCCUUUUCCUCCGUGGUUUUUAUUCUGCACCUUCAUGAAGCCGUGGUCGUGGCGAUGAGCAGUAACGAGUGCUUCGGUUGCGGCCACUCAGGCCACUGGGUGAAGAACUGUCCGAGUGGCGGCCGAGGGCGAGGGAAAGGUCGCGGCAGAGGCAAAGACCUGUUCUGUUACCGAUGUGGCGAACUCGGGCACGUGGCCAGAGACUGCGAGCGCACAGAGGAUGCCUGCUACAACUGCGGCAGAGAAGAUCACAUCUCCAGAGACUGCAAGGAGCCCAAGAAGGAGCGCGAGCAGCUGUGCUACAACUGCGGCAAGGCCGGUCACAUGGCGCGCAAUUGUAACCACGCCCACGAGCAAAAGUGCUACUCCUGCGGCAGCUUCGGACACAUUCAGAAGUGCUGUGAGAAGGUCAAGUGCUACAGGUGCGGGGAGAUCGGCCAUGUUGCGGUGCACUGCAGCAAGGCAUCCGAGUUGAACUGUUAUAACUAUGGGAAGUCAGGUCACCUGGCGAAAGAGUGCACCAUCGAAGCCACUGCCUAGCUGGCCUCUGACCCCUGACCCCACGCUCCCAAACCUCUUCUUUAAUCUCUCUUCAUGCACUCUGAUCUUCCUCUUGUCAUUGGUCCAGAGGCCUGUUGGUCAGCCUCGUAACAGCAAGUCAGAGCAGACGGAGGGGGGAGGAGAGGGCGGACUAUAAAAAACCCUUUUUUCUUCUGUGUUUUAGUUUGGUAGCUGUGUUACGAUGUACAGAGCUUUUUUAGACCUGAGAAGAGUGAUGUAUGAAGGCCAAAUUAGGCCCCUCCCCUCUGCCCUUUGGCUGGGCCUAACAGAGCGAUGGAAGUUUGUGUCUUGCCAACUUCAUUUUUGUCUUUGGACUAAAUAAAAUGAUUGGCCCCGCCUCCAGCAAUCAUCCAAUAGUAUCGCAGGAUUAACACCUCACGACCAUCUCCCGAUCAUCAAUCAUAUGGUCGCAAGAAAA